AUGGUUUUUAAGCGACCAUGGGCAAAGGUGCAAAUCUCUUUGGCCGACAGCACCAAAAGUUAUACACCGGGCGACAGAAUUGAGGGAACCGUGUUCUUUACUCCUCGAAGACAAAUUGCCCUACAUCAGCUACGUCUAUCUUUUGAAGGUAAAACUGUAGUGCGCGUGGACACCAAUAAAACCAACAUACCGCUCCCCCAAACUACGGCUUCUAAGACCUUUCUUCAAAUGGAACAACCACUCUACGAUAUGCUUUGUCUGAAGGCCGAGGCACUGCAAAUUGGCACAGAAUAUCGACUGCCUUUCGAGUUUGUCGUUCCUGAAGAAUUGCUGCCACAUGUUUGUCAAAAACACCAUCGUCACGAGCAGGUUCAUUGGGAACACCUGCGGCUGCCUCCUAGUCUUGGCAAGAGCUCACAAACCUAUGACGAGAAGACAGAAGACAUGACAACCAGGGCAAUGGUCAUACAAUACCAUGUCAGAUUCAACAUCUUGGAAAGUAGCCAAAAGCACGGCAUGUUGUCUACCGUCGGAGAUUGGACGCAACCGGUGCAUAUUCGCUCACCGCGCCUUGAGCGAGCACCACUUUUAGUGCAUGAGAAUAGCAAAUUCUACUGCCUGAGCCAGCAAAAACACAUCACCAAGGGCCUUUGCCGAAGACGACUAGGGCUUUUGUCCGUGCAGACAACUACACAAUUGUCAAUAGAUCAAAGGGAGGUAUCAGCCGUGCUACCCAUCAAGAUAAAUUUGAAAUACAAUUCAACUGCAGGGUCCCGGUUACCGAAACUUUCUCGUAUACAGCCCGAAUUGAAUGUUCUCACCAGCUUUGGUCUGACGCCGUGGUCAGACUUUCCUGAUCUAACAGAACCGUCCACAUGGGACCAGCAUAACGACUAUCACGAGCACGCUAUAUGCCUGAAAACAGUCACUCCGUCGUUCUUGCAUUGGCGAAGAGAUCCUGGUGUCAGGGGUAAUACACGCCAUGCAUUCCCUGCAACAGAUACAGUAUACACUGCGACAUUGGAGGUGCCAAUUACUUUCCCCAGUCAUCUUCCUUCAACUCCAACCUUUUACUCUUGCCUCGCUGCAAGAACAUAUUCGUUGAGAAUAUCACUAUGUUUUCUAGUGGAAGAGCAGCGGAGCAAGACGUUGACAGUAUCAUUGACAAUACCAUUACAAAUAUGUUAAAAGUACGGAGGUGUGUUCCAAAAGUUAUCGAACUACGCUAGUGUAAGCUUGGCAAU